UAAACCCAUUGCAUAAAAUGAACAAGCAUAUAUAUCAAAUAUAUACAAUAAAGUAACAAACAAUUUCAAAAUUCGAUAAACCAAUAAUAAAAACUGGUAUUAGAUUAGAUAUUCCUCAGUUAUCUUGUCAGAAUAUAGAUUGGAUGGAAUUCUAAAAAAUAUAAGAAAUCCCAGCCAAAAUGGUAAAGGUUAGAAUGUUGAGACAAAUAAAUAGACUAAUACAAUUAAAUCAAAUACGAAAUAGUGUCUAAAAUAGUAUUUAACUUUCUUAUAUGGUUUCUAUAUGA